AUGCGCGCCUUGGAGGAGACAGGGCCUCGGCCCACAGCGACCCCGUGCGGGUGUGUGAAGCCCGCCCUGGAGACAGGGAAUCUAUUAACGGAGCCAAUUGGUUACUUGGAAUCGUGUUUCACAGCCAAGAAUGGUACUCCAAGGCAGCCAUCCAUUUGUAGCCUUUCUCGGGCUUGUUUGAGGAUUAGAAAGAGCAUCUUUAAUAAUCCUGAACAUUCCUUGAUGGGCCUAGAUCAAUUUUCUCAUGUUUGGAUUUUGUUUGUUUUUCACAAAAAUGGUCGUUUGAGCUGUAAGGCAAAAGUGCAGCCUCCUCGGCUGAAUGGUGCAAAAACUGGCAUUUUCUCCACAAGGAGCCCUCAUCGCCCAAAUGCCAUUGGACUGACCCUGGCCAAACUGGAAAAAGUAGAAGGUGGAGCUCUCUACCUCUCUGGAAUUGACAUGAUACAUGGGACCCCUGUACUGGACAUAAAACCCUACAUAGCUGACUAUGACUCGCCUCAGAACUUGAUGGAGUCCUUAGGAGACUGUAAUUCACAAGAUAACAAACAUAAACCAAAAAGUGAGUUUCAGUCCAGUGGCAUGACUGAUAAUUAUGACCAGCAAUCGCUGCCAGGGUGCAUUGAACCACAGCCGUAUAAGGGCACUAGAGAGAAACUUCAGUGUCCCGAAGAGAGAACUUCUGAAAAACCCAUGGAACAGGAUGACAAAGCAAAAAUUCGAAACUGGCCUAAGCCCAAGGAGAUUGCAGCAGGUUUGGGUUUGGAAUCAAGAAGUGAUCAGAGUUCGAGUGUAGCAAAAGCACCCGUUGUCUCCUGUCACCUGGAGGAGAGCUCUUCUGAGAAAAGCAGAGAUAAGAAGCCAAGAAGAAGGCAAGAGGCAGUGAUCCUGCAGGACCACAGGGCAGAGGCACAGUCUGGGACCCCUCAGUACCAUUCCAGUGUUGCUGCUGCAGCCUGCCACAGUGCGGUGCCCACCUGGGUCAGAGCCGCGCCUGUGACCUCGUUACAUGUUAGGUUCACUCCGCACGCUCAGAUGGACCUCGGGCACCUCAGUCCAGAUGCAUUUAAAUAUUUUCAGUCAGCAGAAGAAGCGAAGCAUGCCAUCGAGGCCGUGCUGUCAGCCGAUCCUCGGUCUGUGUACCGACGAAAGCUCUGCCAAGACCGUCUUUUCUACUUUACUGUCGACACAGUGCACAUCACUUGCUGGUUUGGGGAUGGUUUUGCAGAAGUCCUAAGGAUCCAGCCUGCUUCUGGGCCUGUUCAGAAGACUGACCCUGUGGAGUCAUUGGUGUCUCUAGGAUCGUAA